UUGGCGCCGAAUAUUCCAAGUAUAUUCACAUUUUGUAGCGCGGGUGUUAUUUGUACGUGGAUGUGGGACUUUUCUGCUGUUAAAAAAAAUUAGUCUAAUUCCUGAGUUUAGUGUCGGUACGAGGACGAGUUUGAAGACAACAUGCAGAGAAGCAUCGCAUCCUUCUUUCAGCCCAAAAGCAAGGACAAAGACUUGAAGAAGAAAAGUGAUGAGCCGGUGAAGGAACCGGUCAAGAGCCCUCUCAAGGUGCAGAACGGCGUCCAGGAAGCUGAUUCCCCCAUCAAGAAGGUUGUGAAGCGCAGCCGGCAAAUCCUAGACAGCGACGAUGAUGAAGCACCAGUCGUGAAAGAGCAAGUCACCCCUAAGGGGCAGGGAGACAAAGAAACACCGGCUAAAAAGGAGAAGGAUGAUGUGUUCAAGGCCGUUCCGACCCCCUUGUCUCCUCCACCUGCCCCAGCCACGUCGACCUCCCCGGCGACUCCAGCCACCCCGAUGACCCCGGCCUCUUCGGCUACAUCAGGGACCCCCGGCACCCCCACCUCCAUCUCCCCCUCUGGGAUCCCCAAACGCAAGACCGCCAGGAAGAUGUUUCCCAAGAGGAAGCUGGAGGAGAGCAGGAGCGGCAGCGAAAGCCAGAAAGACGAGGCUGAGGCCAAGGAGGUGCAGGGUCAACAAAACAAGCGUCCCCGCAUGGAGAGCAGCACCAGCAGCCGUGGGAACACUGACGAAGCCAUGGAAGAGGGGGCAAAGGAAGAAAGAGCUGAAAAGCCAGUGACCGAAGCAAACAGGCCAGAGGAGGAGGAGAAGAAAGCGGAUGGAGGGAAGGCCUUGAAGGAGGAGCAGGUGGAGGACGAGGGCUCUGAUGAGAAGGGGAAGAAAGCUGAGGGGGUGGAAAAGAAAAAUGAAGCCAAGGGGAGGACAGGUGAUGAGAAAGGCCCUGUCGCUGCCAAGGAGGCGGCGGUUGAAAAGGACACGCGCAAAGGAAAAGAGAGCCCGAAAAGUCAAACGGCAAAAGAGCAGAAAGAAGCAAAAGAGCAGAAAGAUAAGGAGCCGGCCAAAAAAGCUCCCAUCAGCAGUUUCUUUGCUCCCAGGAAAGCUGCAGUGAAGAUGGAGAAACCAGAGGAGAAGAACACUGGAGAGAAAAAGACCAGUGUGGAGAAGAAGGAUGGAGAGGAGAGCAAGGACAAGAAAGGGGAGAAGUCUUCAGCGACGGACUACGACCCGUCCAGGCCAAACUACCACCCUGUUGACCAUGCCUGCUGGGGGCGGGGCCAGAAAGUGCCGUACUUGGCUGUGGCACGCACCUUUGAGAAGAUUGAAGAGGACUCUGGCAGGCUGAGAAACAUUGAGACGCUGUCGAACCUGCUCCGCUCCGUGCUGCUGCUCUCUCCAGGCGACCUGCUGUGCUGUGUGUACUUGUGUUUGAACCAGCUCGGUCCGGCCUACCUGGGGUUGGAGCUGGGGGUGGGAGAGACGGUGCUGAUGAAGGCUGUUGCCCAAGCAACUGGGCGACAAUUGGACAAAAUCAAGGCAGAGGCGCAGGAGAAAGGGGAUUUGGGCCUGGUGGCAGAGAGUUCCCGUAGCAACCAGCGCAUGAUGUUCCAGCCCGCCAACCUGACGGCAGGGGGCGUGUUCAGCAAAUUGAAGGAAAUUGCCAACAUGAGUGGGAACUCGGCCAUGAAUAAGAAAAUCGACAUCAUCAAAGGCCUCUUUGUGGCGUGCCGCUUCUCGGAGGCCCGCUACAUAGUCAGGUCCCUGGCGGGGAAGCUGAGGAUAGGCUUGGCCGAGCAGAGCGUCCUGGCAGCGCUGAGCCAGGCAGUGUGCCUGACCCCACCUGGACAAGAUUUCCCUCCCGCUGUGGUCGACGCAGGGAAAGGGAUGAGCACGGAGAGCAAGAGGGCUUGGAUCGAAGAGAAGAGUCUCAUUCUCAAACAGACUUACUGCGAGAUGCCCAAUUACGACGUCCUCAUCCCGGUGCUGCUGAAGGAGGGCAUCGACCAGCUGCCCAAUCACUGCAAGCUCACCCCAGGCGUGCCGUUGAAGCCGAUGUUGGCCCAUCCCACCAAGGGCGUCGGCGAGGUGAUGAAGAGGUUCGAUGAGGCGGCGUUCACCUGCGAGUACAAAUAUGAUGGCGAGCGAGCACAGAUCCACAUCUUGGAGAGCGGCGAGGUGCGAAUAUUCAGCCGCAACCAAGAGGACAACACGAGCAAAUACCCUGAUAUCAUCUCUCGCAUUCCCAAGGUGAAGAAGGACUCUGUGGUCACCUGCGUCCUGGACACGGAGGCGGUGGCCUGGGAUCGAGAGAAGAAGCAGAUCCAGCCCUUCCAGGUCCUCACCACCCGCAAGAGAAAGGACGUGGAUGCCUCCGAGAUCAAAGUACAAGUGUGUGUGUAUGCCUUUGACCUCCUCUACCUCAACGGCGAGUCCCUGGUACGACAGCCGCUGUGUCAGCGCCGGGCUCUGCUGAGGGAAAGCUUCGUGGAGGUGGAGGGAGAGUUCAUGUUCGCCCGAUCCAUCGACUCCAACAACACUGACACCAUCGCCGAGUUCCUGGAGCAAUCUGUCCGAGAUUCCUGCGAGGGGCUGAUGGUGAAGACUCUAGAGAAGGACGCCACCUAUGAAAUUGCCAAGCGCUCUCAUAACUGGCUCAAGCUGAAGAAGGACUAUCUGGAGGGCGUCGGCGACACGGUGGACCUGUGUGUGAUCGGCGCCUACCUGGGUAAAGGCAAGAGGACGGGCACCUACGGGGGCUUCCUGCUGGCCUGCUAUGACGAAGACAACGAGGAGUUCCAGUCUGUCUGCAAGAUUGGGACAGGCUUCAAGGAUGAAGAUCUGGAGCAGCAUUACAAGUUCUUAAAGGAGCACAUUCUGCCCAAACCCCGGGCUUACUACCGCUUCGACCCGUCCGCAGAGCCCGAUGUGUGGCUCGACGCCGUGCAGGUCUGGGAAGUGAAGUGCGCCGACCUAUCGCUGUCGCCCGUCUACAAGGCCGCCAUGGGAAUGGCGGACCCAGAGAAAGGCAUCUCUCUGAGGUUCCCCCGCUUCCUCCGAAUCAGAGAUGACAAGAAGCCGGAGGACGCCACAACUGGAGCGCAGAUUGCUGAUUUGUACAAGAAGCAGCAGCAGAUUCAGAAUCAGGGAGACAAAGCCGACCUGGAGGACUACUACUGAUCGUCUGCAGUGAUCAGAAUGACGACUAAUGAGAAUUUCAAUACAAUUGUAAAUAGCUUCUUUCUUUUUGCGAUGCUGAAUGAAAAUAAAGAUGGGCAAUUUUAUAAUA